CUGCGUAUAAAAGGCUGUACUAAGAAACUAUGUUUUGUUAGUGUGAGUGCACAAUACAAGAAAACUUUUCUAGCGUAUUCCUUUUUAAGAAAAUGCUAAAAAUGUCAGUAAAGAAGUUAGCGCAAAAUGGAAUGAUCGAAAAAAUGAUAAAGACCAGAAGCAUCGAGCACAGAACGGCUGGCGAAGAUCUGCUUUCAGGUUGUGGCAACCACAGGGCUCCAAAAGUUGAACAAAAAAGUCGGAAUAGUUUGGCAAUGUUUCGAAAACUUUUUUCCAGCCGUGGGAUUAAAAUAAUAGGCGGUCGAUUGCUGGGUCGUGGAUUAGUGACCAGCGCCCUGCUGUUUGUCUCUUUACUCUGCCUUAUGACGUUGAAGAGUAUUCAGACUCAAAAUCAUCGAGCUUUGGGGAAGUUUAGAGAUGGUGCUUCUUUUAAUAACCGUCGCAUUUUGUCAGAAUAUGAAGAUAACAUCGACGUGCAAGCUAAGACGGAAAAAAUGCGAACUGCCACUGUGUUUCGGUCGCUUAUACCCUACCAAAAAGCCAUAACAGUAAAAAACGACCGAGCCUGGGUUCAGCUAACGGUGCCGUUGGCUGGCGACCGAAAUCGCCUGAAAAAAGUGAUCUCAAAGAAAUAUAUGAGACGCAAGGUCGAAUUAAAAUCUUCAUGUAGAAGACAGCGCCCUCGAAGUAUGCGAUGGAAUGAUUCAACGCAAAUGAUUGCAGCACCUGAGCGACGCGUGGUGGCUUGCUUCGUACAGAAAGCGGGGAGUACUAGUUGGCACAAAUUGAUCUACAACUUCCGCCAUAAAGGAGAGAAGAAAUGGAGCAACGAGGGUCACGUGGAAAACCGAGAAUAUACGAAACAUCUGCCUGAUAAGGUAAAGGCCGGUCUUCUAAGAUCCCCAGAAGUAACUCGUGUUCUUUGUGUGCGCCAUCCUUUUGCUCGUCUUAUAUCUGGAUGGAACAGCAAGUUUCACAAGUACUUCGUGUCCACAGUCGGUAACUUGAUGUUUAAGGCGAUGCCGGAGUUGGCUUCAUACGUGGGUAAGACAUCACCACCAGAUGAAGACCACGUAAUUGCUUUUGAAGAUUUCGCGCAGUACGUGGCCGAUUACGGCUUGGAUAAAGUGGACGUUCAUUUCAAAACAGUAGAACAGUUAUGCAGACCUUGUGAAUUUCCAUACGACUACGUUGUCAAGGCGGAAUCAGCCAUCGAUGAUUUAUGGUGGGUUCUCAAUCGCUUCAAUGCAUCAAUGGAAAGUUUUCUUGUACAUGAUGUCGCACUUGGUCGCAGUACAGAUCUUCAAACUGAUACAGAGUUGCAAAAGAACGAAGAUGUCCAACAGAAGCAGAUCUUUAGCGACAUUGUCCGGCACUUUUUUCUGCGGGUGCCAAGAGAGACUACUCGUACGCUUAUGUCGCUUUAUUACGAGGAUUUUGUAAGAUUUGGUUACACGUUUGAUAUUCAAACGUUAAGCGCCGGCGGGUUUGAAUAAAUUUUUAUCUUAAAAACUUUGUGUGUGGUAACAGAGGUAUUGCCAGGAGAAUUACGAUACGGUGGCAGCAACCAUGUAUGGUAGGGUAAUAUUGAAUAUAUGUCCAUUUCCUUUUCUUGCCCCAUUUGGUGUUUUAAAAAAAAUUAGAAUGAUGAAACCGUUGUAGCAACGUGCCCCUUAAAACAACGUUGUUAAUUGUUAAAACACGAUUAAAAAAUGUGGUAUUUGGGUCCUAACCCAUCUAACAACACAUUACUAUAUCUACCGUGACUGGGAUUCGAACUUGUAUCUCUUUCUCUUCAUGGCCAGAAGAAUCGUUGCCCACUUGACACAACGAUACUUUGUAUUGAAGCGGGUGCGGGAGUGCUCAACACAUUACUAUAUCUACCGUGACUUGGAUUCGGACUUGUAUCUCUUUCUCUUCAUGGCCAGAAGAUUCGUUGUUCAAUUGACACAACGAUACUUUGUAUUGAAGCGGGUGCGGGAGUGCUAUAUAUCAACAGCAGAUGUAACAAUAAAGACUGAAACUUCCGAUAA